GAUUUGCAUGCGGCCGCCGCGGCCGCUGCCUGCGCCCGAGCCCGCCGCCGCCGCCGGAGCCCGCGCCCGCGCCCGCGCCCGGCCCGCGCGGCCCCAUGCCUCUGGCGCGGCCCUCGGGGGGGCGAAGGUGAAGACCGGCUCCUAGGAUGAGUGAAGGGGCGGCCGCUGCCUCGCCACCUGGUGCCGCUUCGGCAGCCGCCGCCUCGGCCGAGGAGGGCACCGCGGCGGCUGCGGCGGCGGCGGCGGCGGGCGGGGGCCCGGACGGCGGCGGCGAAGGGGCGGCCGAGCCCCCCCGGGAGUUACGCUGUAGCGACUGCAUCGUGUGGAACCGGCAGCAGACGUGGCUGUGCGUGGUGCCUCUGUUCAUCGGCUUCAUCGGCUUGGGGCUCAGCCUCAUGCUCCUCAAAUGGAUCGUGGUGGGCUCCGUCAAGGAGUACGUGCCCACCGACCUGGUGGACUCCAAGGGGAUGGGCCAGGACCCUUUCUUCCUUUCCAAGCCCAGCUCUUUCCCCAAGGCCAUGGAGACCACCACCACAACCACUUCAACCACGUCCCCCGCCACCCCCUCCGCCGCCGGCGCUGCCUCCUCCAGGACGCCCAACCGGAUUAGUACUCGCCUGACCACUAUCACGCGGGCACCGACUCGCUUUCCCGGGCACCGAGUGCCUAUCCGGGCCAGCCCGCGCUCCACCACAGCACGGAACACUGCGGUCCCCCCGACGGUCCUGUCCACCACCGUCCCUUUCUUCAGUAGCAGCACGCCGGGCUCCCGACCCCCAGUGCCAGGAACCCCCAGUACCCAGGCUAUGCCCUCCUGGCCCACUGCGGCAUAUGCUACCUCCUCCUACCUUCAUGAUUCUACUCCCUCCUGGACCCUGUCUCCCUUUCAGGAUGCUGCCGCCUCUUCUUCCUCCUCUUCCUCUUCCUCCUCCUUCUCCACCACCACUACACCAGAAACUAUCACCAGCCCCAAAUUUCAUACAACGACAUAUUCCACUGAGAGAUCUGAGCACUUCAAACCCUGCCGAGACAAGGACCUUGCAUACUGUCUUAAUGAUGGCGAGUGCUUUGUGAUCGAAACCCUGACAGGAUCUCAUAAACAUUGUCGGUGCAAAGAAGGCUACCAAGGAGUCCGUUGUGAUCAAUUUCUGCCGAAAACUGACUCCAUCUUAUCGGAUCCAACAGACCACUUGGGGAUUGAAUUCAUGGAGAGUGAAGAAGUUUAUCAAAGGCAGGUGCUGUCAAUUUCAUGUAUCAUCUUUGGAAUUGUCAUCGUGGGCAUGUUCUGUGCAGCAUUCUACUUCAAAAGCAAGAAACAAGCUAAACAAAUCCAAGAGCAGCUGAAGGAGUCACAAAAUGGUAAAAACUACAGUCUUAAAGCAUCCAGCACAAUGGCAAAAUCAGAGAGCUUGGUGAAAAGCCACGUCCAGUUGCAAAAUUAUUCAAAGGCGGAAAGGCAUCCUGUGACUGCGCUGGAGAAAAUGAUGGAGUCAAGUUUUGGCGGCCCCCAGUCAUUCCCUGAGGUUCCUUCUCCUGACAGAGGAAGCCAGUCUGUUAAACACCACAGGAGUCUCUCCUCUUGCUGUAGUCCAGGGCAAAGGAGUGGGAUGCUCCAUAGGAAUGCCUUCAGGAGGACACCCCCCUCACCCAGAAGUAGGCUGGGUGGAAUCGUGGGACCAGCAUAUCAGCAACUCGAAGAAUCAAGGAUCCCAGACCAGGAUACAAUACCUUGCCAAGGGAUAGAGGUCAGGAAGACUAUACCCCACCUGCCUAUACAGCUGUGGUGUGUUGAAAGACCCCUGGACUUAAAGUAUUCAUCCAAUGGUUUAAAAACCCAACAAAAUGCAUCAAUAAAUAUGCAACUGCCUUCAAGAGAAACAAACCCCUAUUUUAAUAGCUUGGAUCAAAAGGACCUGGUGGGAUAUUCAUCCACAAGGGCCAGUUCUGUGCCCAUCAUCCCUUCAGUGGGUCUAGAAGAAACCUGCAUGCAAAUGCCAGGGAUUUCUGAAGUCAAAAGCAUCAAAUGGUGCAAAAACUCUUAUUCUGCUGACAUCGUCAACGUGAGUAUUCCAGUCAGCGAUUGUCUUUUAGCAGAACAACAAGAAGUGAAAAUAUUACUAGAGACUGUCCAGGAACAAAUCCGAAUUCUGACUGAUGCCAGACGGUCAGAAGACUACGAACUGGCCAGCGUAGAGACCGAGGAUAGUGCAAGCGAAAACACAGCCUUUCUCCCCCUGAGUCCCACGGCCAAAUCAGAACGCGAGGCACAAUUUGUCUUAAGAAAUGAAACACAAAGAGACUCCACAUUGACCAAGUGACUCGAAAUGUAGGAAUCUGUGCAUUCUAUGCUUUGCUCAACAGGAAAGAGAGGAAAUUAAAUACAAAUUAUUUAUAUGCAUUAAUUUAAGAGCAUCUACUUAGAAGAAACCAAAUAGUCUAUCGCCCUCAUAUCAUAGUGUUUUUUAACAAAAUAUUUUUUUAAAGGGAAAGAAAUGUUUCAGGAGGGAUAAAGCUUACCACUAAAGCUUUUGGGUAGAAUUCUGAAUCCAAUUUCAGUUAGUCCUAACAGUAUUCUCUUUGGCUUUUAGAAAAUGUGGGCAAUUCAGACCCUCAGUCCACAGUGCCAGUGUCCUCAAGGAAAAAAAAAAAAAACACUGGUAGUUAACCUGGUUUCAAAGAGACAAGCUGUAUCCUGAGGGUGGAUGUGCCCAUGAGCAGGUGGCCCUUGCCAUUUGGCUUGCCAGUUACAACCCCUAAAUUUCCAUUCACCGAUCACCCUCAUCACAGGUUAUGUCACAUCAAGCCACAUAGUGUUUUGUAUUUGAUUUGCUGAAGAAUGGCACAAAGACUGAAAUGGAAAGGAAGACAGGUGAUGGAGGGAGUAAUUGGGGCAAUCUUAGCUACUCUCAUGUGCCAUCCUCCCCUGAAAUUUGAAAACACUCAGAGGGAGGUAUGAAAUUAUUAGAGACAAAAAAAGAAAAAGUCACAAUGUCGUGUCACUGAAAUCAUGCUAAUAGAAAUGUUUUUCUUGGAGAUUGUUUAGAAGCUCUGAAAGAGCAUUUGUGCGUGUGAGGUGUGGGCUUGCUCCCUCCAGCACAUAUGCUGUGUGCACAUGUUCAUCGUGCGUAUGUGUGUGCAUGUGUGUGUGUGUGUGUAUUAAGCUUGCUAAAAAUUUGUUCUAAAACAUCAGGGAAUCUAAUAUUCAGAAAAAAUUUCCCUCUUAGAUCUAUUCACUUGAAAGUUAUUCAUUAAAUAUAAAGUUCAAUUAGUGAGUUCUUAAAUCAAGAUCACUUGCAUGGUGGGGUCCUAUAAACUCUCGACAAUGUCUAGACCAUUUUCUGAUGUGAAUACUUUUGAAAGGAGCAACUAUUGGCUUAUUGAGAAUAUCAGUAUCACAAAGUGAUUAAUGGAGGAUGUGUGUUUAUUUUGAAUCAUACCUCAAUUAUUUACACAAGCCAAUUAUCCAAUUGACAGCUACCAUUUUUGUUCUCUUCAUCCUCAUUGCUAUUGAUUUCAUAGCAAGUCUACUAUGUGUGGACCAACUCAUUGGCUUCAGUGGUUAAUAUGGAAAGAAUAAAUCGCUGAAAUUACAAAGCCCAGACUAUUCAGUUCACAAAAAGCCCCCAAAAGAACAGGAAAUUGUGUUGUAUGUUUAUUUGGAAUAAAGCAAUAUUUUUACCACUGCUAAGGUGAACUGAAACCUCUCCUGAAGAUUUGUCUGUUUUAUUUUCCCUUACUUUCAUGGGGCAUUCAAAGAAAUUAGUGUUCACAUAUCCAGUCUUUUUCCAAUUAUUGGUGGUGUUGAGUUGUUAUGUUUACACUGUUUUAAAUAAAAAGGCACAGUAUUUGAAAG